ACAAAACUCAAGUUAAUUUAUUUUCUUCUUAUGCAAAGAUGAAUCAAGGAGGGCUUAUUAUGAAUACUGGAGAAUGCUCAAUGUCUUGCUGCUCCGAGACAAACUCAAGUUCCACAAUCUACACUAAUUCCAUGACGGCCGCGACGAGAUCACCGGGCGACGACGUUUCACUCUCUCUUCUACUGAAUCUCUCCACCAUACAAGACAAAGUCCAUGAGAUCCAAUCCCUGGUCAACUUUUUCUUGAUCUCUCCUAAUAACAAUAACCAAUCCUCGGGGUCAACGUCGUCUUUAACCGCGGCUAACGUUGGAACUUUGGUUCAAGAGAUCAUCACAUCUGCUUCCUCAAUGUUGCACACUUGCCAAAGCCUCCAAAUCUCAACUAGCAACGACAGCAACAUCGAUACAAGUCAAACCACAGAUGGAAUGUUCAUGGAGUUCUCUCAAGAAUUCGACCCGGAUCAUCAUGAUUUCGUGCAAGAGUCGUCAACCACACUUCUUGGUGUCCAAGACUUCGACCCGGAUCAUGAUUUCAUGGGAGAGUCGUCAGUUAACAUUCUUGGUGCACAAGAAAGAGGAGAUAUUUCGUUUCUCGACCAUACUACGCAGAAUCUUAGCUGGUACGGCACUGAAACCACAAACCCUAAAACAGACAAUCAUCGUUCUAAAUCAAAAUACGGCAACUAUGAGAUAGUGGAGCUAAGCGUGGAGGAUCUACUAGCGAAAUACACACACUACUGCCAGGUUUGCGGGAAAGGGUUUAAGAGAGACGCGAAUCUAAGGAUGCACAUGAGAGCGCACGGCGACGAGUACAAGACACGUGAAGCAUUGAUCAGCCCAACCAGCCGUGACAAGAAAGUUGAAUACUCGUCGUCAAUGAGGUACUACUACUCGUGCCCUCAACAAGGGUGUAGAUGGAACCAAAUGCACGAGAAGUUUCAGCCGUUGAAAUCUGUGAUUUGCGCCAAGAAUCACUACAAGAGAAGUCAUUGUCCGAAAAUAUAUAUGUGCAGAAGAUGCAACGUGAAGCAUUUCUCGGUUCUGUCUGAUCUAAGGACGCACGAGAAGCAUUGUGGGGAUAUCAAGUGGGUUUGCUCUUGUGGAACUAGGUUCUCUAGGAAAGACAAGCUUAUGAGCCAUGUUUCUUUGUUCUCGGGCCACUCACCGGCCCAUGAGCCGCUGCUGCAGCAGCCUCCGAUGAUCACCUCCUAAUAUAAUAUCACGGCGCAUGUAACUCAAAUAACUUUUGCGUUAAUGUUAAUGCUACAAAGAUUUUUUGUUGUGAGUGGCAAAAUGCAAUGUUGAGUUAGCUUUUAA